ACAUGUUUAACCAUAUCAAUACCAUCCAGUGUGAAGUGAGGAACAAGUGUUUCUUAGAUAAACUGUGUAAACUCAAAGUUCCUAUAAAUUGUCAAACAUAAAUAUUUAUACAGUUCAUUAUAUAGACAUUUGCUUAACAACAAGAUUUUCGAGUGCGAAUCAUCUCACAUCGAUAGUGCUUUCGCAUAGUUUGAGCCGAUGUCAGCGAGUGCAACAAACGACAUGUUACCUCUGGCAUCAGAAAAGAGACAAUGGUUCGAAUUCUUAUUAGACGACAACCUUCUGGCGGACCAUUUGGCACAAUCUCAACCCGAUCCUGGAGCGUGGGAGCUUUGCCUGGUACUUCUAAGCAAUAAUAAUGAUGCAGCGGAAAAAAAUCUUAGGAGGAAGAUUCUCGCCUUAAAAAUCGUGGCGCUCAACAACUGGGAUCUUGGAAAGCUUGCACACGAGUUGCCGGUGCAUAUGCAGCAACUAUUGCUGGCUGAGUUUUGUGCAGUAACUGCAACAGGACAUCCGCAACAGCGUGGUUCUCCCUACGAGAUAUUCGCUCGAGCGCUCUACUGCCGAUGGGUUCUCAGAUACGUUUUCAAGUCUCAAGUGCCUGUGCGAGGUCCCCGUGGCGUGGUUGUCCCGCUACCUGGCCAAACGGAUCCAACUUAUGUAGCACCGGAUGUCCUCGAACGUCUCGAACGAUGUUUGCUAGAGGAGGCAGACGGCUGCUGUCAUUGGUUACGCGAGUUUCUAGAAAGUGAUGAAUUGACACCACCUGUCGCUACAGCGACCCAGGAAUGCUUCAGCAUGCGUCCACCUCAUUUCAGUGGAGAUCGGGGAGUUCCUACCGAUAUGAUAAUUCUGAAGGCGCAGAUUUGUCUCGACCUUGGAAGCUACCUUUUUUUUAAGGAGAACUACGCUGAAGCUAAGCCACUUUUAUUUAACGCGAAAUCCCUUUUGCCCCGUACACAUCCUGAGUUCGCUCGAGCUGAAGGAUUUGCGGCGAAUUUCGAGACACUCGAGGACUCAACAGAUGAAGAAAUGGACGAUGCAGACGAGUCCCCUAUAUUACAAAGGAUAGAAGAUGCUCUUGAAGGCAGAAAAUCAGAGAAAUCUGGUAUAGAAAUGCCUGUCGAAAAGCUCACCGCGGAGAGUAAGCUCCUCAUGAGUCAGGACCCUAACGAGAUUCUCACACUUGCCUAUAAAGUGCCUAAUGGCCAAAAACUUAAUUCAGAGUGGCAAAUGCUUCCACAUCAUCUUCAGCUGCUGGCUAAAAAUCCGCAAGUACACGUCAUUUUGGCGAAGGCCAUUGAGCUGCGUCGCCUCGAGAAGUUCACUGAGAGCUCUACCCUGUUCAAGCAUCUGAUUGACAAACUGCCGAAAGCUGACAGGCUGCAGUGGGAGCUGGCGUAUAACUCGAUUUGUGCCAGCGUUGACGUGGUGCGUUCAGCCGAAGCGAUCCUCGCUGCACAAAGGGCUCCAGACAUGCCAAACGGCAUGCUUAACACAGCUCUUGUCGAACUGCUCAACAUGGCUCAGUACGGUACUGUUGCGGGGCUCGACGUCCGGGGAUCAGUAAUGGCCGUGAUUCGGCCAUUGGCUCAGUGUUGUUCCUCACGCCAAGCAGGAUGCGGCCAGAACCUAUGGAAAGUUAUUGUGUCAUUCUUACAGGUGAAGCGAAAUCGAACCGACGCGGAUGGUUGCCAAGCACUACUUUUCAUCCUUCGCAAACUGAAGAAUAAGCUAGCUAAGGGCAUCCUUAUAUCGCUGCUCGCACAUCUCUACAAUAUACUCCGAGACGAUUCCAAUUCUAGCGUGUCCCAUGAAUAUCCAGCGUUCUGGCCAGUGUCCCUUCAGGAUGCUUCUCAUUACUGUCUCGAUACAUGCACGCACCUCUUGCAAACUGCCCUGAUGGAUGCGAGAUCUCCCUUUUGGCUGAAGACACACGCGGACGUAUGCUUCGACCAAAAAUACUAUUCUGUGGCUCUUAAACAUUAUAUUGAAGCCCUUGUAUCAGUGACGAAUUUCUUCACGGAGACGACCGGUUCGACUGGGCCAACAAUUGUCGAUGAUACACUGUUUCGUCGAAUGGCGCAAUGCUGUGCUAAAUUGUCCUGUCAUACGCAAGCAGCGAUUCUGCUGCAAUGGCCGGUGGCUGCACCAGACUAUGCGGCCGCCUUUAAAAGCCUCAACGAAAGAAACUGCAACGACUCCUGUGACUCCUUGUACAAGUACAUGUGGGACACGAAUAUGCUCGAGUUUUUAGCAAAUCUUCACACGCGUCGUGGCGAGGUUGAAGCUAAAAAAACUGUGUUAGCACAUAUGUCACGGUUAGAACUGAACUCGAACAACUCCAAGGCCUGUCUCGACGAUGCCGCUCAGAAGAGAAAGGCCGCUUUCUUAAGGACUCUUGCGAAACAGUAUUUCCUAUAACAAUCUUAAUCGCAAAUAAUUGCCAAUCUCUAGUAAAACUAGGUUUAUUUAAAAUCUAACUUGAAUUUAUUUAGAGAAAAUCUGUCACUGCUGCGAUUUCCUGUUUGCUUUGGAAGGGCGAAAACAAAAAUGGAGCUUCAAAAGUGUAAAUAUAAAAUAAAAAUGAUAGCAGUAACGUCCUCAUAAAUCCUAAUAAAAAGUCAUAACAAUACAAAAAAAAAAAGCACCGGAGGCAGAAGCGGAACAAAGCCAAUGAUACGAUGCCAAAGAGGGUAAUCAUGACGGCGAGAACGCGCAGAAGGCGUUGACUAUGACAAAAUGGCUGCUAGAUUUUUCCGCUGAAAUUGCGCCUAGCUUAACCCUUUGUAGGAGGUUUGAGAAAUUCUUUUACAGAUUGUGGAUUGAUCAAAGGAUAAAGUAAGUCUAUUCGUGUUGAGUUUUGUACGAUGCACGAAUAUGGGCAUUUAGUGGGAAAAUGCUUAUUUAAGAUGCGGUGACAUUUACCAUGGAUGGUUGAGCUCUAUGUAUAUACGCCUAGAUAUAAUUAUGGAUAAUUAUGCCUAAUAAUAUGACUGAUUAUAAGAUAAAUGUU